AUGUCAAGAUUCGUGCGACCAAGCAAGUACAGGCACACGUACGCGAACCGCUCAAAGGUCAACUACGAGAAUGCCAAGAUCAGCGGCAGCGCUUGGGACACUGACCUCGUGACCGCCGGCGGUGUCUCGGGAGGUGGUGCCUUUGCCGUUCUGCCGUCGUUCUCCCCCUUUGAGCUGCCUCAGCCCGAGGGCUUCCCCACCAAGCUCCCAGACUUACUGCCCCUCGCUCGUGGUCACACCGCCCCUGUGUAUGUCGCAACUCGUCACAACUUUACUGAUGAGACAGUCUCGACACUGCCUGGUCUCCUUUCGACGACAACCUCGUUGUUUCUGGAGGCGAGGAUGGCAAGAAUUGACGACGGCAUGUUCAACGGUUGGGGUGAGGAUGACUGGGAGCCGGAGGACCUUUCGCCUGUUGGCCUGCUGAACGCUGGUGGCCGUAAGGUUGGCCAGGUGCAGUUCCACCCCGCUGCCGCCAACGUUCUCGCUUCCGCCUCGGGUGACCACCAGCUCCGCAUUUGGGACAUUGAGAGCCCGGACUCGCCCAACAUUGUCCUCACCGGACAUAAGGACAGCAUCCAGAGCAUGUGCUGGAACCCCAUCGGCACUCUCCUGGCCACGACCUGUCGCGACCGCAAGCUCCGUCUUUUCGACCCUCGUGCUGGCACUGAGGCUGUUCACGUCACCGACGGCCACGGAGGCAUCAAGGGCUCGCGCGUUGUCUGGCUCGGUGACCGUGACCGUAUCGCCACGACCGGAAUGUCCGACCGUCAGCUCUCCCUCUGGGACACCGCCGGCCUGACCAACCUCGACACGCAGAGCCUCGACUCGAGCGCCGGUAUCAUUAUUCCCUUCUUCGCAGAGGGCAACGACGUCCUCUUCCUCGCCGGCAAGGGCAUCUACCCUCCCGCCAACUCGAUCGAGCCCGCUCUUUCCGCUGCCGACUGGUUCGGCGGAAAGACUGCGCGUCCCAACCUCGUCGACCUCGAGACCAAGGCGACGUCGGCGAACAAGACCCCCAUCACCGCGACGCCCACUAAGACCAGCACCGCUUCCUCGCCCGCCCCCGCCGCUGCGGCCAAGAAAGAGGAGCCCAAGCCCGAGCCGAAGAAGGAGGAGGUCAAGAAGCCGGAAGAGCCCAAGCCUGCCCCAAAGAAGGAGGAGCCCAAGCCCGAGCCGAAGAAGGAGGAGCCGCAGCAGUCGGCCCGCAGCCUCGAGAAGGAGGUGCCGGAGAGCGACUCUGAGCCGUCAUCGCCCAAGGCGCCUGCGCCGACCGGUCUGGCGUCCGGAGUCGCCGCCUCGCUCAAGUCUGCCUCUGCGUCCAAGCCUUCCACGCCCGUGAACGGCUCCGAGACGCCGGAGGACACUAAGGACGCGGCGACGCCCAAGCCGACGGCGAACGAGCUGCUCGUCAAGCUCCUCACGCCGAACGCCAAGGUGCCCACGCGCGGCUCGCCCCUCUCAGCCGGCUACGACCUGUACGCUGCCGAGGACGCCGUUCUCCCUGCGCGCGGCAAGGGAAUAGUCUCGGCCGGCAUCUCGAUUGCGAUCCCCGACGAGACGUACGGACGCAUCGCGCCGCGCUCGGGCCUGGCCGCCAAGCACGGCAUCGACGUCGGCGCCGGCGUCGUCGACUGCGACUACCGCGGCGAGGGCGACCGUAUCGCCCAGCUCAUCCUUGAGCGGAUCGCCAUGGCGCCCAUCCGCCAGGUUGACGAGCUCGACUCUACCCAGCGCGGCGCCGGCGGCUUUGGCUCGACCGGGCGCGCCUAG